AUGUUCUCCAAGACCAUCCUCUCUGCUCUUGUAGCUGCCGCUAUCGUCUCCGCACACGGCAAAGUCGCCGUCGUCACCGGCGAUCUAGGCGGUAACGGCACAGCACUCGGCAUCAAAGGCGGCGUCGUCCCUGGCCCAGGACCGAACUACGAGACCGAGGUCGAUACAACAGUGUUCUGGAGCAAGGAAAUUGCGACAGAUGACGAUAUCGGAUAUAUUGAGGAUGGAAGCGGGAAUAACCAGUUGAGUGAUUUGACGCAGGCGAUGGCUUUGUCUGGGUCGACUUUGCCGCAGGUCAGCAGCGGGGGGAAUGUCAAAGGCACCUUUCAUAUCGUGACCAGUGAUGGCGCUGGACCAUUGCAAGCCCUCGUCGACCAGUCUGCGACUGGCAAGUGGUCAACCGCCAAAUCUGCUACCGUGUCGACACAAGUACCAGGCACGAAUGGGAAUGUUGUAACCAAGCGCUCGCUUUGGAGCCGCGCUCUCAUUAAGAUGGGCCUGAUCACCGCGCGUGCUACGAACGUCAAUGAAGACCAUGCCUUCGCAGUCGACAUCCCAUCCGGGACCUCUUGCGCGGGAGCCAUCAACGGGAUCUCCAAUCUCUGCCUCGUCAAAGUUUCCAACAACAACGCGAACGGUCCUUUCGGGGGCGUGUUCGCGGUGCAGAUGUCGAGCUCGACGACCGCUCGUGCCAAGCGCAGCACUAAGUUCACUUCUUAA